GCGCACCGGGCGCGCUCGUGCGUCAAUUGGAGAUUAAAACUUUCCGUCUUCUUGAUUUCGAGCUGACCCUGGGCCAGUCGACUGAUAUGGGAACUCUGAUUGAGAAGAUUAUCUAUAGUUUACAUUCUUUGAAAACUGGAUCAAUUUCCCGGUAGUUUCUUGUCGCAUCUUCAGAGCUUUGUCCGUACAGUCGGAAAAAUGGCGAUGAUUUCAGGGUUCAUCUUUCUGUGCAUGCUCCAAGCUGCAAUCCCUCAAGGUCUGCCCUAUCGUGGGCCCAGACCAAUACCUGGAGGAGAUCCAGAUCCAACUGCACCUCCACUCCCGCCCAGACCUAAAGGUUGUAAGACCGGGAUAAUUGACUGUCCCAUCAAGCUGUUUUUCACCCUUGACACCUCUGAGACCAUCGCCUUACAGGAGUCUCCACCUGGGAGCAUGGUGAAAAAAGUUAUGGAGUUCACCAAGAUCUUUGCCCAGAGGCUGUCUGAUGUGGAGUACAGGGGCCAGAUCCAGAUCUCCUGGUCUAUAGGAGGCCUGAACUUCUCGGAGUCGCAACACGUCUUCAGUCCGUUCACAACCAAGGAGAACUUCAUCAGGAACCUCAAUGGGAUUGUAUAUGAAGGCAAAGGCACCCACACCGACUGCGCCCUUAAAGAAAUGACUCACCACAUGACCCACCACUUCUCAGGGACGAAGGCCGUCCUCUUCUCUGUGGUCAUCACUGACGGGCAUGUGACAGCAGAUCCAUGUGGAGGGAUAAAGGCAAUGGCAGAGAGGGCCCGGGACAAAGGGAUCCACAUCUUCUCAGUGGCAGCGUCUCGGAGCAUUGAUGAAUUAGGAAUGAGGGAGAUAGCCAGCUCUCUCCCUGGAGUGUACCGUGAUGACUACAUAGUUGUGGACAUCGUUGAAGGGAAACCGGAAAUAAAGACCGAUUCCAUCGAUCGUAUCAUAAAAAUUAUGAAACAUCAAGCCUAUUUACAGUGCUUUGAAUACAAAUGCUUGGAGACUCCUGGGAUCCCCGGACCAAUAGGGGCCCGAGGUUCAAAAGGUAUGAAAGGAGGCAGAGGUAACACUGGGCCAAAAGGAGAAAUGGGUCAACAGGGUGAUCCUGGCAUUGAAGGUCCAAUCGGACAUCCCGGUCCGAAGGGAGAGAUUGGCUUGAACGGUGACAAGGGUGAACUCGGAUCAGGUGGAGUAAAGGGUGUGGCAGGGCUCAUUGGCAGGAAUGGAACAGACGGUCAAAAGGGUAAAAUCGGCCGAAUUGGCGCUCCUGGUUGCAAAGGUGAUGCAGGUGACAAGGGACUAGAUGGUUACCAUGGAGAUGCUGGUGACACUGGACCACCUGGCGGUAACGGAACAAAAGGAGACCCAGGCCUCACCGGAAGGUCGGGUCCGUCUAGCAUUCCUGGUGAACAAGGACCAAAGGGUGAAGGAGGAAAUCCUGGAAAUCCAGGUCCACCGGGACAAAAGGGCCCUCUGGGGGGUCCUGGCCAACCUGGACAAAAAGGCGAAGAGGGAAGGAGAGGAGACUCUGGAACAAAGGGAGGACAAGGUCCUGAUGGGCUAAAAGGAGGGAAGGGAGAACAUGGGCCAGAGGGAGGCAGAGGCCGGCCUGGAGAAGAUGGACUCAAGGGCGCAAAGGGAGACCAAGGAUUACCGGGCCCGAGGGCUCAGCCCGGAGAAACAGGGAGCCCUGGUGAAAAUGGCAGCAUGGGAAAUUCUGGGGAUCCUGGACCGAGAGGAGACUCUGGGCCACCUGGACCAAAAGGUGACAAUGGAAGACCAGGAUUCAACUAUACUGGACCGAGGGGAUCCACUGGGGACAGAGGUGAUCCAGGUAGACUAGGACCCAGGGGGGGCAGAGGUGAAUGUGGUGCCAAAGGAGAAGCCGGGGAUAACGGAACACCAGGAGAGCCUGGAGUUCAGGGUCUGCUUGGUGAGCCAGGAGCGAGAGGACCCAGAGGAGAUCCUGGAUCUGAUGGGGACGCAGGACCAGUGGGCGAUCCUGGGCUCAAUGACUGUGAUGUCAUGACUUACAUCAGGGAGACGUGUGGUUGUUGUGACUGUGAGAAGCGCUGUGGAGCUCUGGACAUUGUAUUUGUAAUUGAUAGCUCAGAGAGUGUUGGGCUGACAAACUUCACCCUGGAAAAGAACUUUGUUAUCAACACCAUCAACCGGUUGGGAUCUAUGGCCAGCGACCCUGCGUCAUCAACCGGCACAAGAGUCGGAGUUGUUCAAUUCAGUCACAACGGGACCUUUGAGGCCAUUCGUCUCGACGACCCAAAAGUCAACUCCAUGUCUGCCUUUAAAACAGCAGUGAAGAAGCUCCAGUGGAUAGCCGGGGGCACCUUCACACCCUCAGCUCUCAAGUUUGCCUACGAUAACCUCAUCAGGGACGGCAAGAGAGCCCAAGCCAAAGUAUCCGUGGUGGUGAUAACAGACGGUCGCUUUGACCCACGUGACGAUGAGGAGUUGCUCAAUUACCUUUGCGACAACGAUGUGGUGGUGAAUGCCAUCGGGAUUGGUGAUAUGUUUCAAAAGGAACAGGAUGACGAGAUCCUGGUGUCGAUCGCGUGCAAAAAGAAGGAGCGCGUCAGUGGGAUGAAGCGUUACGUUGACUUGGUGGCCGAGGACUUCAUAGAGAAGAUGCAGACUGUUCUCUGUCCUGAUCCUGUGGUUGUGUGCCCUGAUCUCCCCUGUAAACGUGAGCCGGAUGUAGCUGCAUGUUCCCAGCGGCCGGUGGAUUUGGUAUUUCUGCUCGAUGGCUCGGAGCGCCUUGGGAUGGAGAAUUUCCGGCACGUCAGUGAAUUUGUGCAGAAGGUGGCAGACAGACUGGGACUGGCCAACAGCAAGACUGAUCGUAUGCGAGCCCGCUUGGCGUUAGUUGAAUUUGGCAACGAGACAGAGAACCACAUGGCUUUUCCUCUCACACACGACCCCGCCGUCAUCGCCAAGGGCAUCGCACACUUGACAUAUCACGAUUCUUCUUCAAGCAUAGGGCCUGCUAUCGUAUACACCAUCGACAACAUCUUAGGUAAAGGAAAUGUUCGCAAGACGAGACGCAACGCAGAGGUUUCAUUUGUUUUCAUCACAGACGGCAUCACUGACAGCAACAACCUGGACGAGGCCGUGAGUGCCAUGCGUGGCGCACAGGUCGUUUCCACGGUGAUAGCCACAAGAAGUGACGUUGACGAAAAAAUCCUAAUGAAGCUGGCCAUGGAUGACAAGGACGCCAUCUUCAAAGGAAAAGACUUCUCUGAUAUGUCCAUGUCCAGUUUGUUCGACCGUUUUAUCAAGUGGGUAUGUUAAAGAAAGGCCGCAUGGAUGUGGACAUCACACUGUUGUUCAUCUAGCAUUUUAAACAUCAGAUACUGGUUUACUAAGAUUCUACUUUACACUGUACAAGUUGCAAAUGACACCACGGCAUUGUGCUUUACUACAUUUGUCAGGAAACUGUAUUUAUUUACAAUGUUUUGUUAUACAAAUCAAAGUACAAGUCGAGCAUUAAGCUUUAAGAUAAUAAACCUGCAGUUUCUUGAACAUGGC